AGUUGACACUACAGUUCAACGAUUCGAUGACAAAGACUUUUGAAUAUCCAUCGGAAGCGUCUCUACUCCAAGAGAUGGGUAUUUCAAUGUCUGGCGACGACUUAGACGAUAGCAAAAGUGAAACAAAUGAAUCUGUGAUACAAUCGGAGUCUAAUAAUGCAAAUACCAGUUUAAAUACACUGAAAAACAAUUUGGCGCUGGGAGGCUCACAGGGUAGUUUGGGGUCAUAUAAGCCCACACUAAUUGAUACGCCUUUCGAGUUGGGGGUCUCGAGGACUCAUAAAACAAACGCAGAGAUCAUCGCAAGUGAUGUCAACUCAUCCACCAAUUCAGACGAAACGGAUUUAAUAAAACCAGCCAAUCCUGAUGAGACCAGCUCCUGGUCCACCAGUUCCACCGCUUCAGACCUAUUGUUUUAGUGACCAUUACUUUUCUCUCCCAUUCCUUAAGCUUAGUCUGAGAUAUAAAAUCAUAUUUAUUUUAAACUCAAACACUGAUUAUAUAAAUAUUAUUAUUAUUUACAUAUAAUUUGAAAUUAAAACAAACUUUUAUGCCAUCAUUCCUCACAUAAUAUAUCACUCGUUAUAAUGAAUAUUCAAUUAUUAAAUCAAUUAUUUAUUUUUUUAUAAAAGUUUGAAAUUUAUUUUUUUAAAUAACAAAUUGAGACAC